AUGGACGCGUCCAACGAUGGAUCGGAAUCCGUUGAUCAGUUUCUCGCUCGGAUUGCCAGCUUGAACUCGAAGCAGGGUCUCGAAGAGGUAGAGCGGUCGAAAAAGACGGAGGAAGAAAUGAUACAAGCUAGGCGCGAGAGACAGGCGAGGAGAGCUGAACGUGCUCGGUCUCUAUCCCCUUCCAAAACUGGUCCCGUGCCCUCAUUGCGACUUGUUGGAGAGAGCACCCCUAAGCCCACUCAAGGAAUUGAACCUCCUGUUGCGCUCACUCCGCCCGUGCAGUCUCAAACUUUUGAACGCUCCGGAUCUAUGUCUCCCAGACCUGAUCGAGCCGCAGUCUCAGGGGUUGAUUUUUCACGUCCUUUACCGCCUCCUCCGGCUAGCCAGAAACUAUCUAUGCCCAACCCGCCUCUUAAUGCUACUGCGUUGUCCAGAAGUGGAACUCUAUCAUGGCAGCAGAGGCCGUCUUCACGAGGUCCAGGCUCGAUAAGGUCACGUCCAAAGUCUGUUACAUCCAUCCUCGAUGUAAACGCAUCAGCGGCCAGUACGCCAAUUAAGAAUGCUGACGACAUGUCGAGGGAAGACAUCGCGGCUACACUGGGAGCAAAAGAUCCUUCAUGGUUCCGCCAGACCUCUGAUCGAGGUGUCGGUUCGGCUGCAUACCGCAAAACUGAGACUGACGCAGAGAUACCUCCCUCUUUUGCAGGCGGCGCCAUGAGGCUCCCAGGAAUGUCCAAGGAUCUGGAUUCUUCUGGUGCAGAACAUGUAGCCGCUGAACCCGACAAACCGACCCCUCCGUUAUCGCCUCAUAAACUGGCAAACCCUAUGGCGUCGGCUUCUCCUUCCCAUUCCGCUGUUUUGGAUCUACCGAGUUUCAAGCCUCUGGAUAUCUCGACUACCACGGAGCUCGAUCCUACCGGUCUCGGCAGAAACCCCAGCGUGCGAUCUUCCGCUGGACAUCCUCCCUCUCCGACCAAAGGACUCGGUGGCUUUGUACAGAGCGCAAUGAUGAAAAGAUCAGACAGCGUGAGCAAGAGAUGGAGUGUUCAAGCAAAUGCUGGCUUGAAACGCAGUGAUUCUAUUGCCAGCUCUAGACCACCACCCUCAUCCGGUGCAUCUGGCUUCACUCCUGGGCAGAGUCGUGCUUCCUCUAAGGACACGAGAGGUUUUAGAGACGGGAAUUCGUCGCCACUCUCAAGCUCGAGGCCCGUUUCGAGCCAUGGAUCUGAUCCCGUGCCCGUUACAAAAGAUCGUAUUCUGCCGCGAGCACAGGAUGGGUCAGUCGAUUCACCGACAGUGGCCCCUCUAAGCGGACCAGGUGACCAGAUCAAGCCAGCUGAAACUCUCAAUCAAGAGAAGACUCAUCCAACAACUCCACCUCCUUCAGAAUCUUUCUUGUCUCGCAGCCCAUCUAAAACAAUGGAUCCUCGACGAUGGAGCCCGACAAAGGCAAGCUGGCUUGAAAGUGCAUUAAACAAACCAGAAUCCCCGAGAUUGAUUCCAGCCAAAUCCGAGACACCUACGUGGAAGCUUAACAUGCAGCGUUCCAAAUUAGAACAGCAUAAUCAACCCUCUGAGACUGCUGCUGUUGUGCCUGCAAACGACACUGUCGCAGAGAGACCCCUAAGCUCACCAUUGAAACAAACAACGACGACGACGACGGAGGUUCGAUCUUACAAAGCUUCAGAUAAACCAACAUCGGAGAAGACAAAUCUGAGAAACACCGCCGCCGAGCCGUUUCCCGCCUUCGAUGAUUCUACUUCGUCGGUGAUGACGCAAGCCGCCACAGAAAAGGAAGGAAAGCCUGCAAUUCCAUCCAGGAGGAACAUUGCCUCCGCGCCUGUGGGAUCGGCAUUGAAAGAUAAAUCGGACAGUGAGCUGGUGUCUUCGAAAGAGCUGACAGAGCCAAAGGCCGAUGGCAAGUCUCAAGUGAAAGACAUACCAGACUCCAAACCGGAUUCCAAACCUCCUGCCUUGAAACCAAAACCACAAACCCCUCCAAAAACCGACUUUCGAGCGAAUUUAAAGCCGCGCCAGGCGGCGCCGACAGAAAGCAACGAUGCUGAGCCGGAAUUCAGAGCGGUUUUCGGGAAGCUGAAGAGGACCCAAACACAGAACUAUGUUGCACCUGACCUAUUCAAGGAGAACAUCACCAAAGGCAAAGCAGCACUCAAUGUAACAGGUGGUCCCCAAAAACCCAAGCGCGUCGACGAGUUCAAAGAGAGUAUUCUGCAGAAGAAGGAUGCCAUGAAGGCAGGAGGUGGAUCUACAAACAAGAGACCUGAAUCUAUAAGCUCUACGGAUAAGGGAGUGGACCCUGUCCCAGAAGCAUUGGCACGACGGAUGACAUUGCACAAAACAGGGCCAUCGAUUGAGAACGUGGAUCUCAAGAAGACAGUGGAGCAGCCAAGCAAACCGACUCCUUCAACACCCAACGUCCAGGGUCGGCCCGAAAAACCGGCACACUUGAAGAGAGAUCUACCGUCGCCGCCGGAACAAAAAUCGAACACAACCCAGAAAUCUCUACCAACGGGCCGUGAGGUAUCAGAGACUGUCACAGCAAGAGUGCUCCCGAUCAAGCCUGUAAUUUCGGCGGGAAAGCCAGGGAGUCACACCAAAUCAGAGAUUGAACCAGCCGGGACUAAAUCCGAGCCGGUUCCAGGCGCAGACUUCAAGGGAAAGUUACCAGAAAACAGUAAACUUGCAGCUCGUCUCAAUCCUGCGCUGGCUGGUAUUCUAUCACGAAGUGGCAGCCCGAGGUUACCCGGAGAGUCAUCAACGAAUAGUUCCGCUCAAAUGCCAGUUCGGGAAGUUCAACAGAGCUCUCGCGAUCACAUGAAUGGAGACCCUGUCGAAUUGACCCAUAUGACGAAAGGACGAACCAAGGGCCCCAAGAGAAGAGCGCCUAAGUCUGGUUCCGCGUCCAAGGAAACUCCCCAAAAGCACGUGGAAAAUGCUGAGAUGGAGACCGAUUUCUCUGCUACGCAGCCAAAAUCCCCAUCAAAGCCCGCCUCUGUAAUAGCCGACACCCUACCGUUGAGAUUAUCUGGUCCUAGGUCUCCUCCAGCCAAAUCAAGUACAAUCGCUGAUGAUCUGGAGCAAAACAACAACAGUAAGCCGCAUAAGUGGGCAGGAGGUUCCAAGGUGACGCCGAUGAAAGCCCAGAUGGACGCGGAAGAACAGAAGCCUGCUGGAGAAUCCCAUGCGGGAACGUCUUCUGCCAAACUAGAGCCCAUGCGCGAGGAGCCGGUUGCCAAACCAAAACCCAUGAUGGCUAACAAGUCUGGAGAAUUGCGAAAGGUGUCAAACCAGGGGAUGACCUCGAAGGGUACCGACAACCUCACUUCAGGAAAACCUUCGACUCCCAAGAAAUUUGAGGUAUUGACUGAUCGACCAGCAUUUGUGUCUUCUCCUCCUGAAUCUGAUGGUGAGAGAAAGAUCUCAUCACUUACGCCACCAUUCGCCUCGGAUAUGCCAUUAAACCCCAGCAAGUCCAAGCUCAAUGCCCCCAAACCACCCAAACCGCUACCCGAUAAUUCAGCCAAACCAACGAGUGUCGCCACGGCCAGCAAAGUCAGUGGCCUCGGAUUGCAGCUUGGAUCGACCUCCAAGAGGACGGCGGCUGUCCCUGAACUUACUCCUCCACCUGAGCCAGAAGUGGUCGCUGCUUCUGUAGCGGUAUCUCCAAACAAGAUCAGUUCACCGACCGAGUCGUUCCCUGCGGUCAAGCGUCAGCUCGAAAGUUUCUUUGGUGUCCUCCCACAGGCACGAGACCGGGCGGAAUUUGACACGCAUGCCUUUCUGUCUUCCCAAAAUAGUGGUGCCGAAAAGCCCAAAACUCUGAGCAAGCAGAUAUGGGAGGUGACUGGCGAUGGAAAAAGGACGGCAAUGCCACCCCAACAAGAACAUAUUCUUUUCGAGGAUCGCAUGUAUCUUUGUGUUCAUUCCAUGGAAUCAACGAGUGGGUCUAAAUCCACGGAGGUAUAUCUUUGGUGCGGAGACGAAGUGUCCGAAGCCGCCAUUGAAGACGCUCAACUGUUUUGUCGGAAAGUUGCUCGCGACAAUGGCGCCAAGUCGGAGGUGGUCAAGCAAGGCAAAGAAAGCUCCGAGUUCUUCCAAGCAUUGGGUGGUAUUGUCAUCACUCGGAAAAACAAGUCUUCUGCGCUCUAUAUGCUCUGCGGCAGACGAUAUCUGGGUCAUGUCGCUUUUGAUGAAGUCGAUCUGUCAGCCUCGAGUCUGUGUUCAGGGCUGCCUUUCUUGAUCUCGGCCAAAUUUGGGAAGCUCUAUCUCUGGAAAGGAGCUGGGUGUAAUCAAGAAGAUGUGGGAUGUGCAAGAUUGAUCGGCAUGGACCUCGGCCUGACCGGAGAGAUUGAGGAAAUUUCCGAAGGCGAAGAGCCUGCAAGCUUUUGGGAGUCAUUUCCCCCACGCCCAGCAAGAAAAGAAUCGCCGCCGACACAAAAGAAUACCGAUCCACGUCGCGGCCAUUCUCCUAGGCUAUACAGGGUGGAACAUGAGCGACCCAAAUCCGCGGGGGUUUUCUGGGGUUUGCGAGCGUCAUCGCCGCUAAAACAAAACCACAUAGCGUCGGUUGAGGAAAUAUCUCCGUUCUGCCAGAGCGACUUGGAUGCUACCCACAUUCACAUUCUAGACACAUACGGGGAGCUUUACGUUCUCAUCGGUGCUUCGGCAAAAAAACCAGCGGAGUUUGUGACCGCGGUGAACAUCGCUCAAGAAAUCGCCGUUCUGUCGCCUUCUGUGCAAGACAGGCCCCUUCUUCCGGCUUGUUAUGUUGUGUUGGGUGAUCCUCCUCAGAAUAUCAAGGCUGUUUUCCGCAAAUGGAGACCAGAACGAGUAACGAGCCAAGGUGAACAAAUGUGCGCACGAGUGGAAGAAGUAAUGCAGGAGCUAGGGAUGACAUUGUGA